AUGGCACAAUCAGGAAUUUCUAGCUCUAUCCCAGAAGUUAUUCAGAAAUUCCUGGUCAAAGACAAGGUCGUGGUCGUUACCGGUGGCGCCAGAGGGCUCGGGUUCAGCUUUGCUCUGGGACUUGCCCAGGCCGGAGCGAAUAUUGCAGCGAUUGAUCUCGACGUCGCCCCAGGGCCACAUUUCGAGCGGCUAUCGCAAUGUGGAGGCAAACAUCGAUACUAUCGGGCCGACGUUACCAACUAUGAAGUCCUGAAAGCAACCAUUGACAGCAUUGCCCGCGACUUCGGUUCGAUUGAUGGAUGCAUCCCAGCCGCGGGGAUCAUUCGGGACAGGCCUUUUCUCCAACAUACACCAGAGGACCUUAUAGAUACGAUGAAUGUUAAUGUAAUCGGUGUUUUCCUUACUGUGCAGCUCUGCGCCGCCAAGAUGAGCGCGCAAGGAACGGGCGGCAGCGUCGUGUGCAUUUCUUCGACAGCAGGGCACAGAUCGCUAUUUCCUCAGACGAUUUCUGCGUACACGGCUUCCAAAUACGCUGUGCGCGGCCUAGUCAAGCAAAUCGCCUCAGAGCUCGCUCAGCACAAGAUUCGCGUGAAUUCAAUCAGCCCAGGGGUUAUCAAAACCGAUAUGCUAGAAUCGGUCAUGCAGGCCAAUCCCACGAGAAGAAAGCUAUUCGAGAGUAGCAACGCAAUGCAACGUUUAGGCAACUCUGAAGAACUGGUUGGGAUGGUGCUGUGCCUGAUGAGUGAUGCGAGUACCUUCACCACUGGUCAGGACUUCCUGGUGGAUGGUGGACAGAUCUGA